AUAUAGCUUAUUCAUCUACCACCAUCAACCCCGACGCCCUCACUUCUACCCACGUUCCCUCAUCUGUAUGCAACGCUCAAUUGCCUCGUUUCUUUCAUUAUCAACGUGGUCAGCAUGGAGCAACCAGCAGAAUCAGGCCUGGCAUUUAGCUCACCUUCGUCGAUUCUCCACUUCACGACCCCGGCAUGAUUUUCACUUUGACACCCACCAUUUUGUUCAACGGCUCGAGCGGGAAGGACUCAACCGGGCGCAAGCAGAGGGUAUCAUGUCCGCUAUAGCCGAAGUCAUCGACGAGAGCAUACGGAAUAUGACGAGCAACAUGGUAACGAAAGCUGAUCAGGAGAAACCGAGAACGACCGGAUUGUUGAACGAUAUCGAGAAGCUCAAGCAGCGAUUACGGGAAGAGAUAACUCGAACCCAGGCUGGUGUCCGACUGGAUCUGAACCUGGAGAAGGGCAGACUGAGAGAAGACAGCGCCGGCCAAGUGCUGAAGAUCAGGGAGGUCGACACGCGGAUAGAACAGGAGAUCGCCAGUUUACGAACGGCGAUACAGGCGUCCAAGGCUACGACUCUUCAAUACAUCGUAGGAGUUGGUGAGUUGUAUGAUUAUCCCUUUCUGCAUACCGUUUAUUAUCCUCUCAGUCACGACUUGUUCCGCACUUCUGAUGGCCUACCUGAGGUUCCGGGCAUGACGAUAUUCCAGCUUUGCCAAGCCCUCCUGGGAUACCCUACAAUAUCGGUCGUAAUCUACAUUAUAAUUGACAUCUGGCAUAAUUGGAUCCUAAAGGAAUGCGAAGCACGGCGAUGAUGAGCCUUCAAGAGAUGAGCGAUGGGGCGCAGAAGUCGGUCAUGUUCGCAAGCAUGAAAUAGCACACAUUUAGAAGUACAAUCCUAUCUUUAUGUUUUCGCAAGAGUCAAUUAUAGACUAUCCCACCCUCAGUCAAGUCCCCUUCUUACAAGAUCAUGCAUCAUGACCAAGGUCUUCCUCUCGGAACCCGCAUAUAAAUUAUAAUGAACUCUUGAAAGAAAGGGCUCGUUCCAGCGUCGCUGAAGGUGACCUGAAGAGAACGAACUUUUGAUAUUCACAUCUACGGUCCAGGAGAACUGCUCAGUAUGUUAUACUUAUGAAAUCUGUUUCCAAUGUGGCCGCGCAAUGUUUUCGAAACUUCUUGUACGGGAAGAGUCAGUCAGAGUCGGGC